GUUCAGUUGCCCCAACUAUAGUCUUUGCUCAAAUUCCUCGUUGACGUCAUGUAUACGAAGUAUAGUGACUGUCCUUGAGGUUCUCCUCGGCACUCAAUUCUCCCACAACAUAAAUAAUGCAGCGUAUUUCUGUUAAUCUACAGAAUCAAUUUCAUACCACGUGGGAGUUCCUAUCCCUCGCUGAACAACCCCCAGCCAAAACGACCAAGUUCCAUCCAUCUAGGCCAGGCUCGGAAAAUGCAUCACUCUUCUUCGUGGGCAGGGUUUGUACGAUUAUCGAGUGGCAUGGCACUCGGGUGAUGACUGACCCCAACUUUACUCCAGAACGAGGUGCCACCAGCAUAUGCCUCACGAAUCCAGCUGUUGAUCUACACAGCCUACCCCGGAUUGAUCUCGUUCUUCUCUCAGACCGCUUUGAUCCGAAGGUCGAGGCCUCACUCAGGCGUGAUCUUCCCAUUGUUACUACUCCACAAGUCAAGACACAUCUAAUCUCGAAAGACCAAGGAUCAUUCACUUCAGUGUUUGCACUUCGCCCAUUCGAGCAUGUUGAUAUUCACAUUGAAAGCACGGACGGGCCGAAACAGCCUCGACUGCGUGUGACAGGGAUGCCAGGGAAAGACGUAGCUUCAAAGCGGCUGUUGCAUGCAUUGACCCAUACUAUUCCACCGACCAACGGAUGGAUGCUUGAGCUGGGCUAUGGCACUCCCGAUACAUCUGAUUUUACCUGCAGCUAUCGCAUCUAUAUCUCCGGGAACACCUUUGCUACCAAAAAGCUCCAAGAAGUUGCUCGCCGUUACGAAGGACAGCCAAUUAACCUGAUGCUCGCAAAUCUCGGCGGGACGACCAUCCCCUCGUUUCUGGCAGGACGAAUCAUGGAGCCGCUGGCCUCGACCGUCGACAUAGAUGCUGAGGACUGUCUCAAGAUAAUACAGUUAAUCAAGCCCGACCUCACGAUCCCCAUCCACGAUGUUGACUUUGACGUAUUUAGAAGCUCGUUGGAAGACUUCCAACGCAUGGUUGAGGCAGCAGGAUUAUCUGAUAAGCUUUUGGUUCUAGAUCGGGGGGACGAGUAUCGCUUCCAUGUUAGAGGUUAG